AUCCCACCUCCCACCAUGGAGCUGAACCAGACAGCCCCACCUCCCUCAUCUCCCGUGAUGGGCACUGAAGGAGACGAUCCCUGCGGGAUCAAUGUCACCGAUGUGGCCAUAGGAGCUGUCACACUGCUCAUCUGCCUCUGUGGGCUGGCUGGGAACGGGGCUGUGCUCUGGCUCCUCGGAUUCCACAUCCGCAGGAACCCCAUCACCGUCUACAUCCUGAACCUGGCCGUCGCUGACUUCACCUUCCUCCUCUUCAUGGUCCCCUCCUCCCUGCUCUACCUCCUGGAGGAUGUGUCCUGCUUCACUGUCGUGUCCCUGAAGUACCUGAGGUCCCUUUUCCUGCUGUCCCUGUUCUCCUACAACAUGGGGCUGUACCUGCUGACAGCCAUCAGCCUCGAGAGGUGUGGCUCGAUUCUCUUCCCCCUCUGGUACCGCUGCCACCGUCCCGAGCGCCAGUCAGGGGUGGUGUGUGUCCUGCUCUGGGCACUCUCCAUUGCUGUCAUGGUCAUGGUGACCUCCCUGUGCCUGUCACACGAGCACGAGCACUGCCGGGUGUCUCUCAUCUCCAUGUAUGCCCUCAGCUUCCUCAUCUUUGCUCCACCCAUGGUCAUCUCCAACGUGAUCCUCUUCAUCAAGGUCCUGUGUGGCUCCAAGAGACGUCAGCCUAAGAGGCUCUACAUCGUUAUCUUCCUCACUGUGCUCUUCUUCCUCAUCUUUGGAGUGCCCCUCAGCCUCUGGAAUUUCCUGCAGCAGCUCGGUUACAUCGCUGUGUCCUCUCAGCUGGUUUUCCUGCUCGCCUGCAUCAACAGCAGCAUCAACCCCUUCGUCUACUUCCUGGUGGGGAGCUGCUGGAGGCGCUGCUCCAUUGUGUCCCUCCAGGUUGCCUUCCGGAGGGUCUUUGAGGAGACAAGGAUCACCACAAUCUCCAGCUGAGAGGCCACUGUGGUCCCACGGGCCGUGCUGCCCACGCCAGCUUCGUGCUCAGCUGCCCACCCUUGCUCCCAGCCAGGCCUGCAGGUCACCUUCCUACAGCGGUGUGUCAGGAUGCAUCCCAUAAUUUUCCCAUCCCUUUUCUCAUCCCACUGAUCUAUGUUGUUGUGUCUAUCCCUAUCCCUAUCCCUAUCCCUAUCCCUAUCCCUAUCCUACAGCCCUAGCCCCAUCCCUAUCCCUAUCCC